AGCGCUGUGAGCGCAGCGCAUAUAUGUCGAUGGUCUAUGUAUGAUGGUAAUAUCGGAAUAUAACCUUUUAGAAUGGCAGAAAUAGCUGCAAAUUUGAAAUUAGUGUGUAGUAGAAUAUUACGUGCUACUUCAGGAAAAGCAUCGGAAUAUCGGUAUUAUGAACCACGAUUAGUAGCGGUUAGCAAAUUGCAUUCUAUCGAAUCGAUACUGUCUGCAUAUGAAACUGGUCAAAGACAUUUUGGUGAAAAUUAUGUGAAUGAGUUAGUAGAGAAAGCGUCACAUUUACAGAUUCUUCAAAAUUGCAAGGAAAUUCAAUGGCAUUUUAUAGGUAAUUUACAAAGGAAUAAAGUCAAUAAGAUUUUGAGUGUACCAAAUUUAUAUGUAAUAGAAACUGUUGAUAAUGAAAGAAUUGCAAGUGUGCUCAACAAUUCUUGGAUAAAAUUACAAAAGGGUGAUGAUAAGAAACUGAAUAUUAUGGUACAAGUUAAUACAAGUCAAGAAAAAGGAAAAAAUGGUUGUGAUAUAGCAGAAACGCCUGCUCUUGUAAAAUAUAUUAUAAAUACCUGUCCUAAUUUGAAGUUCAUUGGUCUCAUGACAAUAGGAGUAUUUGGACAUGAUAUUGCAAAUGGUCCAAAUCCUGAUUUCAUUAGCUUGUUAAAAUGCCGAGAAACUAUAUCUAAUAUAUUAAAGAUUGAUAUAAAAAAUAUUGAAUUAUCGAUGGGAAUGACUAAUGAUUAUGAACAUGCAAUCGAACUUGGCAGUACAAGUGUGAGAGUAGGUACUGCUAUUUUUGGUAGUAGACCACAAAAGAAUGUUUGAAGAGAUAAUCUAUAACUGAUGUUUUAAAUCUAUAUAAUAAUGUUGUAAUCUUAAACAUAAAGAUUUUAUAUAUAUAAGAUAACUCUAUGUAUACAUUUUAUAUAAGACUAUAAAAGAAAAACUUACAUAAAUUAAAUAAUGAAUAGAAAUAUUGAUAAUAGUAUACUUGUCAACAAAAUUAUCGCAUAGGUAAAUUCAUGUCGAAAUUUCGCACAAUUUUAAAUGGGUAUAAUAGCGCGAAACAUUAUCAUAUUUGAAAUCUUUUUUUAAAGAGUAAAAUCUGCAGUUUAAGGAACAUUCGUCUGAUUUUGAAUUUACUCUCCCCUUCCCGCAGUCUUUUCAGAAGUAAAGAUGUGUUGUGUCUCCAAAAAAUUGUACAAUUUAACCUAUCCUACUAGGCAAACUAAAUUUUUUUUAUAAAUUUCAUGAUAGUCGUUGUAAAGUACAGACUUUCCCCUGCAAUUUAAAAAAAAGUGGACUUGUACGAUUUUUUUUCGCGGAGUUGCGAUAUAUCAAAGUUAUCUAGGCAUUUUAAUUUUAAAUGAGCAUAAUACCGCGAAACACUAUCGUAUUUAAAAUCUUCCUUUUUUUAUUUUGAAGAGUGAAAUCCGUACUUUAAGGAACAUUUUGGUGGAGGAACUUUGAGGUCCGAUUUUGAAUUUAAUCUCCUUCCAAAAAUUUGCACAAUUUGUCGUAUCCUAAAUUCAUAAAUUUCAUGAAAACCAUCGUAAAAUAUAGACUUUCUCGUACAAUUAAAAAAAAAAAGCGAAUUUAUACGAUUUUUUUUUUGUGGAGUUGCGACAUAUCAAAGUUAUGCAUUUUUUUGAAUCGCUUAAUUUGGCGCACUCUAUUAAGUGAAGUGAAUUCUUUUCACAAAUCUUACGAUAAUCAUUGUAAAAUAUCGACAUUUCUUUGCAAAUAAAGAAAUAAAGAAGAGGUGUGCACGACUUUCUUUCGCGAUGUUGUAUCUUUUUUUAAAUUGCAGAAGAAAGUCUAUACUUUACGAUGGUUAGUAUGAAAUUUACAAAAAAAUGUAGUUCACCCGUAGGAUACGACAAAUUGUACAAUUUUUUAGAGACGCAAUACGUCUUUACUUUUAAAAAGACUGCGGGGAGAGGUUAAAUUCAAAAUCGGACGAAUGCUCCUUAAAGUACGGACUUUACUCUUCAAAAUAAAAAAAAGACUUCAAAUACGAUAGUGUUUCGCGGUAUUAUGCUCAUUUAAAAUUAAAAUACAUAGGUAACUUUAAUAUAUCGCAACUCCGCGAAAAAAAAUCGUUCACUUUUACAAGUCCACUUUUUUUUUAAAUUGCAGAGGAAAGUCUGUAUUUUACAACGGCUAUCAUGAAAUUUAUAAAAAUUUGCCUAGUAGGGUACGUCAAAUUGUACAACUUUUUGGAGACGCAAUAUGUCUUUAUUUCUGAAAAGACUGCGGGAAGGGGAGAGAGUAAAUUAAAAAUUGGACGAAUGCUCCUUAAACUAGACUUUACAAUAAAAUUUAAAAUAAAAAAAGAAGAUUUCAAAUACGAUAAUGUUUCGCGCUGAUAUGGCUAUUUAAAAUUGUGCGAAAUUUUGAUAUAAAUUUACCUAUGCGAUAAUUUUGUUGAUAUUUUGGUAAUAUUUUUGUUGAUUAAUAAGUAUUUGUUGCAAUAAAUUAUACUUUAGUAUAG